AUGCUACUUGUAUUUUUCGCCGUAAUGCUGAUAUCACAGACAGUGGAAAAGGGGGUGUCUUCGACCGUAUUUGACGGACGUGUGUGCUUAUAUUUUAUUAAAAAAGGAGGAGACAUUAUGUGCACUUUAGGAAAAGUAGGGACCUAUGGUCAAUUCAAUGCUGGCUUAUGCACUUUAGAUUGCACGGAGGAUAACCGUUUUGUCCGUUUGCCGGAUGGUGUAUGCGGCACGACUGGAACUUUGUCAUGCACGCCGGAAGUCCUAGAAAAACUAGUACAAUGGAAGUUGGCGCUGGAAGGUAUGGGGAAAUCCAAGAAAUAA